AUGGCUCAUACUGGUCAAGAAACUAGACCAGAACUCUUGGAAGAAGUAAAAUUGUAUAGAGGUGCCAGAGAAAGAGAAAAGUAUGAUAAUAUGGCAGAUUUAUAUGCAGUCAUUAAAACUCUUCAAGCAUUGGAAAAAGCAUACAUAAGAGAUUGUGUUACUGCAAAAGAAUACACAGCAGCUUGUAGUAAAUUACUUGUGCAGUAUAAAGCUGCAUUUAAACAAGUUCAAGGCGAUGAGUUUCCUACAGUAGAAGCAUUCAUUAAAAAAUUUAGGUUGGAUUGUCCUGCCGCCCUUGAAAGAAUUAAAGAAGAUAGACCUAUAACAAUUAAAGACGACAAAGGAAAUACUAGUAAAUGCAUUGCUGAUAUAGUUUCUCUUUUCAUUACGAUAAUGGAUAAAUUAAGGCUUGAAAUAAGAGCUAUGGAUGAACUUCAUCAAGAUAUAAAAGAUUUAGCAGACACAAUGAAUAGGUUAAUGUUACUACCUUCAGAUUUCGAAGGAAAAGAAAAGGUUGCCCAUUGGUUGGAAGUUUUAUCAAACAUGCAAGCCUCUGACGAAUUGUCCGAUGUUCAAGCAAGACAACUCAUUUUCGAUUUAGAAACUUCAUAUAAUGCUUUCAAUAAGAUUUUACAUUCUUCAACAUAA